AUGAAAGUCAACAUUAGAAUAUCCGGAGGAACAUCCUUCUCAGUCACCGUCCCAGACAACUCCACAGUUCAAGAUUUAAGGACAGCAGCCCUUGUAGCCGCUCCAAUAGACUUAAUAUCAACCAGGUCGCAGACCCCCUACAAAUUAGUAUAUUCCGGCAAAAAACUGGACUUGGCUGAUACUCUAACGUCUCUAGGUGUUACAGAUGCUAGCACCGUCUUUAUGGUGUCUUCUGAUACAAACACACAUUCCCCAAUUUUGACACCAGCUGAGCUGAGCGCUCCUCAUACAAACAAUCCUCCCGCAUUAUCUUCGACCGUCAAGGAUGAAACUGGCGCCACUACCACAACAAAGAUCACAAAGGUGCGCAGGAAGUCAUCCAACAAGCGUCGUUGUUCUUACUUGAACUGCAUGUCUGCCCCAUUGAGGAUGGUUGGAGAUUGUGUUCAUUGUCAGGGCAAGUUCUGUUCGAAGCAUAGAUUAUUGGAGAACCACCACUGUACGGAACUUCAGACCUGCAAGGAACAGAUGCACGAACGGAAUGCCAACAAGCUUACAUCGGAGCAGACUAUCGCUUCAAAAGUGUAA